AUGAUUGUUGACGAUACAAUUGACCAGCUUGGAACUGUGAUGGGUGACGAUAACCCAGUUGAUGACGAUGACAGUGGAAACGAAACAGAGGACGAAGUCCAAGGGUUUCCACCGGGUACUUUUCAGGUGGAGGAAUCCGAUGACGAGGAGGCUGAGCUGAAUUGGAUGGACUUCGUUGGUGUGGCAGCUGGUCAGAUAAAUUCGGAACCGGAGGAUCUCAAUGAAUCCGCUGAUUCACCUCUCUUUCAACGUGAGGAGGAGACAAUCGCAAAUGUGAGACCAGAAACCUUGGCCUGGUACCCAUUUGUAAAUAGGGAGAUAAUCCGUAGCGUCUUGACACUGCACCACCUUUUCCUGCCGCGCUGGGAAGCCUUGCGAACGAUGCGAAGAAAGAUCCGUGAAAUGACCAAUCGGAACUAUCAUUGA